UAACUAGUAGUUGGAUUUGUUCGAUUUUUCAACCGAAAUAAGGUGGGAGACGAAGACAGAUUACAGUUAAACACAACACAAGAGAGACAGAGCAACCGAGCCUGAGCACUCUGAUCCUCCAUUUUUAACCCUACUUUAUUUAUCAUCGCUGCGAGCGCAGAUCUGAAACUCACGUACACAGAGAAAAAAGCUUACGCCAUGGAUCGGCUUCUCAAAGCAGCCAGAGCCUCUGGUUCUCUCAACCUAUCCAAUCGCUCUCUCAGGGAUGUGCCUGAUGAGGUUUACCGGAGUUUGGAUGCUGUUGCGGAGGGAGAGAAUUGGUGGGAGGCUGUGGAGCUACAAAAGCUCAUCCUGGCUCAUAAUAAUAUUGAAUCUUUAAAACAAGAACUGAGAAAUUUAUCUCAGCUAACUGUAUUAAAUGUUAGCCACAACAAACUUUCCGAGCUUCCAGCUGCAAUAGGAGAGCUUUCCUUGCUAAAGUCCUUAGAUGUGUCUUUCAACUCAAUACAACAAUUACCUGAGGAUAUUGGUUCAGCAGCUUCUCUUGUCAAAAUUGAUUGUUCAAGCAAUCGACUUAAGGAAAUCCCAUGCUCAAUUGGAAGGUGUAUAGGUUUAUCAGAAUUCAAGUCAUCAAACAAUAUUAUCACUACCUUGCCAGAAGAUAUGGCAAACUGUUCAAAGUUGAUGAAAUUAGAUGUGGAGGGAAACAAGCUAAUAGUGCUUUCCGAGAAUUUGAUUGCGUCAUGGGCCAUGCUUACAGAACUCAAUGCAUCAAAAAAUUUGCUGAGUAGCAUCCCAGAGAACAUUGGAAGCCUUUCACGUCUCAUACGUCUUGACCUCCAUCAGAACAAAAUUUCGUCAAUCCCAUCUUCAAUAGUGGGUUGCUGUUCCCUAGCGGAGUUCUAUAUGGGGAAUAAUGCACUAUCUACAUUACCAGCAGAGAUAGGGGCCCUUUUGCAUUUAGGGACAUUAGAUCUUCAUUCAAACCAGUUGAAGGAGUAUCCAGUGGAGGCAUGCAAAUUGCAUCUCUCAGUCCUCGAUCUUUCAAACAAUUCAUUGACUGGGCUACCCCCUGAACUGGGCAAUAUGACUACCCUUCGAAGACUUCUGCUUCCUGGAAAUCUUUUACGGACACUUAGAAGCUCAUUGGUUUCUGGACCCACACCGGCAUUGUUGAAGUAUCUUCGAAGUAGGCUUUCUGGAAGUGAAGAUAAUGAAGUGAUGACCACAAGAAAGGAGGAUGUAAUUACCAUGGCAACGCGAUUGUCUAUCUCAUCAAAGUGGUUUUAUUUUCAGGAGCUUUCUCUAGAAGGGCUGGGUUUGAGUGCUGUCCCAUCAGAGGUAUGGGAAUCUGGUGAGGUCAUAAAAGUUGAUUUGUCUAAGAAUUCUAUCCAAGAGCUUCCAGUUGAACUUUCGACCUGUACCUCGCUCCAGACUUUGAUCUUAUCCAGGAACAAGAUUCAAGAAUGGCCAGGUGCAAUUGUUAAGUCACUUCCUAAUUUAACGUGCUUGAAGCUGGACAAUAAUCCACUAAGACAGCUUCCAUCAGAUGGAUUUCAAGUAGUCCCUAUGCUUCAGAUUCUAGACCUUAGCGGUAAUGCGCGUUCAUUACCAGAUAAUCCAGCAUUUUCUAGCUUACCGCAUUUACAAGAGCUUUACCUGCGACGAAUGCAGCUACACGAAGUCCCAUCAGAGAUAUUAAGCUUACAGCAGUUGCAGAUUCUCAAUUUGAGCCAAAACUCCCUUCAAUCAAUUUCAGUGGAGUUCAGAAAUCUUACUUCUCUUACUGAGCUUGAUCUAUCUGACAAUGACAUAUCAACACUUCCCCCAGAGUUGCUACCAUGGUUAUUCAUCAGGGUAUGCUUGAACCCAGCCUACAGGCCUUAAGAUUGCAUGGAAAUCCAUUGAGAAGCAUCCGGAGGACAAUCUUGGAUAGAGGAACCAAAGCUGUUCUGCAAUAUUUGAAGGAUAAAAUUGCUGAUCACUAGAUUGUUUUGGUAUCUCAUUGGACAACAAAAAUGACAUUUUUUAGGAUAUCUGGGAUCUUGAUCUAAAUACCACAUAAAAUAUAUGGCUUUAAGUAUUAUGUGUGUAACAUUCUAAUGUAUGAUUUGUUUCAGUUAUUCAUAUUGUCGAGGGAUUCUCCCCCCCCCCCCCCCCCCCCCCCCCCCCCCCGCGGCCUCCCUGUUUUUUCUAUGCUUUUUCUGGUUAUCCCUUUCCCUCCUUUCUCUUGAAAGACAGACAAUGUGGUUUGAGCCAAAAAGAUUACGGUGCUCUGUUAUAUAUUUUACUAUCGUUAUUCUAGUUGCAGAUUCUCUUGGCCUUUUAGGUUCUACUU